AAUCAAUCCUUACUUCAUAUCUACCUCUCCCUGUCACACUCUUUACCCUUCAAAUCUCAAUCCUUCAUUCUCUAUAGUUUUCGUUUCAGUCUUGCCCGGCAGGUGUUUGUGUUUUUGUCUCUUAGAAUGGAUAAGAAAGGUGCCGGUGGAAGAAAAGGUAGCGGCUCAAGGAAGAAGUCGGUUACCCGGUCCGUCAAAGCUGGUUUGCAAUUCCCAGUCGGUAGGAUAGGCCGGUACCUUAAGAAAGGAAGGUACGCCCAACGUUGUGGAUCAGGUGCCCCUGUUUACAUGGCUGCUGUGCUUGAGUACCUUGCUGCUGAGGUGUUGGAGUUGGCUGGAAAUGCAGCUCGUGACAACAAGAAGACUAGGAUUAUCCCAAGGCAUGUGUUGCUAGCUGUGAGGAAUGAUGAAGAGCUUGGAAAAUUGCUUGCUGGUGUUACUAUAGCUCAUGGUGGGGUCCUUCCUAAUAUCAACCCUAUUUUGUUGCCAAAGAAGACUGAGAAGACUACCAAAGAGCCCAAGUCUCCUUCCAAGGCUGCAAAGUCACCCAAGAAGGCUUAGCUUAGUCUUUAGCCUAAAUUUAGAAGCUUGGUUUUCAUUUUGUAUGUAAGCUGGUUUUAGGAUCUUGCUUAUUUUUUGUUAAUUUUUGUUGAUUGUUGUGUAGGGGAAAAGUUAAUGGAUUUGAAACAGCUAUGUUAGGAUUUUGGCAAUGAAUUAAUGGAUGAAAUGAAACCACUUGUUUCUACUACCAAAAAUUAAUGGGUAAUGUUAUUAGUAUUUUUUGU